AGUCCGGGUGCCGAGCGGGAGCCGAGCGGAGGCGGAGAGAUGGCGUCUCAGCCUCCCCCUCCCCCGAAACCCUGGGAGACCCGCCGAAUUCCAGGAGCUGGGCCGGGACCGGGACCCGGCCCCACUUUCCAAUCUGCUGACUUGGGUCCUGCUUUAUUGACAAGGCCUGGACAACCAACACUUACCAGAGUGCCCCCACCUAUUCUUCCAAGGCCAUCACAGCAGACAGGAAGCAGCAGUGUGAACACUUUCAGACCUGCAUAUAGUUCAUUUUCGUCUGGAUAUGGCACCUAUGGAAAUUCAUUUUAUGGAAGCUAUAGUCCUUAUAGUUAUGGAUAUAAUGGGUUGGGCUAUAACCGCCUCCGUGUAGAUGAUCUUCCACCCAGUAGAUUUGUUCAGCAAGCUGAAGAAAGCAGCAGAGGUGCAUUUCAGUCCAUUGAAAGUAUUGUACAUGCCUUUGCCUCUGUCAGUAUGAUGAUGGAUGCUACUUUUUCAGCUGUCUAUAACAGUUUUAGGGCUGUAUUGGAUGUAGCAAAUCACUUCUCCCGAUUAAAAAUACACUUUACAAAGGUUUUUUCAGCUUUUGCAUUAGUUAGGACUAUAAGAUAUCUUUACAGACGGUUACAGUGGAUGAUGGGUUUAAGAAGAGGCUCUGAGAAUGAGGACCUGUGGGCAGAAAGUGAAGGAACUGUGGCUUGUCUUGGUGCUGAGGACCAAGCAGCUAACUCAGCAAAAUCUUGGCCAAUAUUUUUGUUUUUUGCUGUUAUCCUCGGAGGUCCUUAUCUCAUCUGGAAACUUUUAUCUACCCACAGUGAUGAAGUAACAGACAACAUCAACUGGGCAAAUGGUGAGGAUGACCAUGUAGUUGCUAGAGCAGAAUAUGAUUUUGCUGCUGUAUCUGAAGAAGAAAUUUCUUUCCGUGCUGGUGAUAUGCUAAACUUAGCUCUCAAAGAACAACAACCCAAAGUGCGUGGUUGGCUUCUGGCUAGUCUUGAUGGUCAAACAACAGGACUUAUACCUGCGAAUUAUGUCAAAAUUCUUGGUAAAAGAAGAGGUAGAAAAACGGUGGAAUCAAGUAAAAUUUCUAAGCAGCAACAAUCUUUUACCAACCCAACACUAAUUAAAGGAGCCACGGCUGCCAAUUCUUUGGAUGAACAGGAAGCUGCCUUUGAAUCUGUUUUUGUUGAAACUAAUAAGGUUCCGAGUGCACCUGAUUCCUCAGGGAAAAGUGGAGAUAAACAAGAUCUUUGAUAUCUUUCAUAUUUGAGUGCAGUUGAACAAUACUUUGGAAUUCUUUUUAAAAUUAUUUCUUUAAAAAAUUAAUCUUCAAUUGAAGGAAAAUAUUUGUUAUUAUCUAUUCCAGGUGUUUUGCUGCUAGAAAUUAUUAAAGUUCUAAAUGGGAAUUAUUAAAGUUCUAUGUAUUUUACACUAGUUGGUCGAGUGACCUGGUUAUACUUUACAAUUUAUUGGACCAUGAGGUGGGCUUUUAAGAUUAUGGAAAGCUGUCAUUUUCAUCAUAUUUAAAUCCUAAAUUUAUUUGAAAAAUAAGACUGAUGAAUUGUAGAACGCAUGGUUUACAACAUAAGGAAUCAUUAGUGCUUCUAAAAGUUCUAGAUUAAUUGAAAUCUUUAGAAAUUGGGUGAUAACAAAUAUGAAAACAGGCAAAAAGGCUAAUGGUUUAUACUCUUAAGUAAACUGAAUAAUAAAAAUUUUCUGAUCUGUGUUUUAUCCAGUGUUAGGUUUACUUUAUGUAGUAGUAUGUUUUUACCCACAGUUGACGUUAUCUUUUCUUGUAUUUAUAAAAAUUCAACUUGAAAAGGUCAUUAGAAGCUUAAUGAAGGAAAUGGUUCUAGAAUGAUAGAGUAUAAUUCUUUAUCCUUUGCAAUACAACUAGUUUUCAUUCUGGACAAAUCAGAAGAUAUGAAAGAUUUACAUUUUCUCCAACAAAGACUCAAGUCUUUUGAGUUUGUACUUAAUAAUAUGAUCAGUUCUAAUAGUAAUGAUUUUUAAUCUUUUCAUAUAGUCUCUGCUUCUACCUAGGGCAGAAAUUUCAUAUUCUGGAUGUUCAUUAACACUGAAAAUGUGUCAUAUUGACUAUGCAUUUCUUUUAGAUUUAGUUUUUACUCCUGAAACUAUAAAUAAAAUAUUCAUUUGCCAUUUAGAAUGUAAUAGUACUAUUUGUUUGUUUUAUGCUUAAUAAUGAUCUUAAACAAGUUUUAGUACACUGAAUAUUUCCCCAUAAAAUUGGAAAAUUCAUACACUUGCUGUGAUCAUACUACAGAUUAAUACUAUCAGGAAUAUAGGUAUGCAAGAAUACAUUUAUAAAUAUUGUCAAAAAUUUUUAUAAAAAUUGUGAUUUAGUAUUUUUAUCUUUCUUAUAGAUUUGUGUUUUUCAAACAAGUAACUCAAGAAUAGUUCAGAUUAAACUAUAUCUAUAUACCCAGAAUACAACUUUGCUAACAGCUUCUUAGGAAGCCCUUUUUUGAAAUGACAAUAUGGUAACAAACAUAUUAUUUAAAAUGGAAAUCUUUACCCUGUACAGAAAAAAAAUAAGUACAUGUAGUAAAAUUUA